CAAGUUUGCGGAGUUGGCAGUAACGCACAGGGCACGCAAGUAAUUUCCUUACAUCGAAAACCGCCUCAUCCGUCGAAUCCCACUCCGCGAAAAAAACUCUCACUCCUCAGAGCGAGAGAGAAACACUGCUGCAUCCGGCAUCGCCUGCAUCUCUCUUUCUCUCCGCGGAAAUGGCGAUGGCAUCUUCCGAACAACCGCUGAAGAAGCGAAGGCUGUACGAGCCGCCACCGGAGCCACCGGAAACCGUAGCGCAGCCAGAGACCUCCGUGGGUCCACCGACCACUCCACCUCCGCUGUCUCAGGAGGAGAUUCUUGCGAGAAGGAGAAACAGAGACGAGAUUCGAAGUGUUUACGAGAACUACAAGAGGAUUAAGUCUUGUAUCGCCCUGAAAGGGAAAGAUGUUCGGCACAUGCCUGAGCUUGAACAAGCUUACCUAGCUCUCAUAACUGCUUCUAGAGGCUGUACAAGCGUGCAGCGUCUUGUCGCCGAUUUCAUUCCUCGUUAUGCCUUGUACUGUCCAACUGCUCUUGAAGCUGCUACAAAAGUCAUUAUCAAUGUGCAUAACUCUAGCUUGGCGGUGAUUAAUAGGGGAGGAGAUGCUGAUAAUGUUGCAUUUCAAACCGCUAAAGCUUGUAUUUUUGGUCUAGCUGAUCUUUGUUGCACAGCUUCUGCAGAGGCACCAACAUCAUCAGUUGUCAGAGGCAUCUGCUCAGCAGUUUUCCAGAAUGUGCUCUCCUUUCUUGUAUCGUCCUUUGAGGGAAAAGAUUUGUUUCAGAUUGUUGAUAAUGAUAUUUGGAGAAUGCAGGAUUCUGAUGAAAUAUUUUCUGAGCUAAAGCAAAGAUUUUCAGAUGAAGAUGAAUCUUCAUUGAUUAAGUUAUCCAAAUUCCAUGCCCUAAGUCUACUGUGGAUUUUCUUCCGUUGUCCAAAGAAUUUGCUUGCUGCCUGUUUUGAGCUCUUCAGGUCAUCUGCAACUGAAGAAGCUGAUAAAGGACUGUAUUUUCUGAGACAGGCAACAGGCAGGCUUGAUAAUGUAGAUGUCGAAAGUGUUUUAGGUAAAAUAACUGUAGGGCCUAAAUCAUGUACAGAUUCCCCUGGAAUAAGCACCAAAGGCAGUUUGCUUAGUGGUGAGACACCAAGAUCAGAUAGUUGCUAUGUCACAGAAGAUGCAUCUCCUGCUCUGAAGAGCUCUUUGUUGGGUCUGGUUUUUGGUAGAAAUCCAUCAUUGAGAAGUUGGAUGGUCUUAAAGUACAAGAACUUGUGUAAGUUGUCUCCAUCUAAAUCUGUGCCAGGGAUUAUAUCUAGUUUGGAAGGAAUCUUUGAAUCAUUUGGAAAAUGUAUUAGUAUAGAAGUUCAAGCGGACAGUGAUGAGGAUGAUUCUGAUUCCUCGAAAUUUGUUAGUCAGCCACACUUGGUGUCUAGAAGCUCUAAUCAACAUGAAACCUCAACUGACCAAUCUGGAAGCAAUAAAACCAGCAAUGAGAGUUGUGCUGAAAAUGUAUCAGGUCAGUAUCUGAAGCCUCACAUUGUUCCCCUUGAAGCUAAUGUCCACCUGAAUACCGGUUCUGGUCAUGAUAGUGGAGGCUCAAGGUCCAUGGACUUUGAAAGGCAUGACCAUGGGGAUUUGUCUGCUAGCAGAUCUUCUGUUGCUAGGGACUUAUCAAGCCAUCAGAUGCUUUCACCUGUCACUAGAACACCACUGGACUUCAGGAGUAAUUCUUUUGAAGGCAGAAAUCACGUUAAGAAUGUUGACAAGAAUCAAGUUUCAAAUACAAGUGGCGCUUCUGCCUUGAGAUCCUCUAGUGGAGGUGUAAGCAAUGCUGUGGCAUCUCCCAGUAGUCGGUUUGCAGCAUCAUAUGGUUCAGCAUCUUCUCAAACUGCUUGGUAUUUUGAUGGUGAGCCUGCUGCCAUGGGUAUUUUCUCAGCUUCUCGGCAGCUAUGGUUGGGAGCUUUGGGGCCUGAUGCAUCUGAAGGCCAUAUAAGAUUUCAGCUUGAGAGGUUUGCUCCCAUUGAGCAAUUUUUCUUCUUUCCAAUCAAAGGGUUUGCAUUGGUUGAGUACAGAAAUAUCAUGGAUGCCAUAAGGUCUAGGGAUUAUGUCCGUGGCUGUUUUCCUUGGCGAGUAAUGUUCAUGGAUAUAGGGUUGGGAACCAGGGGUGCCAUGAAUGGUGUUGCUGUUGGUUCUAGUUCUCAUGUUUACGUUGGAAACGUUACAAGUCAAUGGGUAAAGGAUGAAAUUUUGCAUGAAUCAAGGAAAGCGGUCUACAAGGGUCCUUACAUGGUCACUGAUCUUACUUGUGAAUGUGCAUUGCUGCUGGAAUAUGAGACUCCAGAAGAAGCUGCUGCUGUAAUGACACAUCUCAGAAAGCAUCGAAAAGAAAGAAGUAACCAUAUGCCGGCAUUUAAUGCAGGGCCAGCUAAUGUCUCUAUGUCUCAUGUUGACAGUGGAAGGUCUGGUGCUGCUCCACCUAUCCAUGUUGACAUAAAAAAUAGUAACUCGGCAAACAUGUCUAGCAGCUCAAUGGAACUUGUAUCUCCCAAGUUGAGGGGUGAGAAUCAUGGAACUGCAGCACCAGUUACACAUCCAUAUCAGUCAAACUGGCCUGCUCCAGGUUGUACUGAUAUGCCUGAAGGUGGGUUGAGAAAAGUUGAUGGUUAUGACAACAACCUUAUCGCAGAUCAUACACAAGGAGGUGGUGGUGUUGUCUCUGGUGCCUCUGGACAAGUAUGGAAUUAUAAGAAACCUGAAAGUGAGCUGCAUUUAGCACCUGGGACCAUGCCAUGCAUGCCUAUAGGAACACAGGGCCUUUCUGCUCCACCACCACAACAACUCCAGGCACCUCCCUUUAUGCGACCUGUUUACCAUCCUUCAAACAGUUCCUGGGAUCCCAGAGGUUUGAAUCACCAGUUUCCUCAGAAUCCAAUUUCACCAGGUGUGGUGCCUAAUACUUUUCAUGGCAAUGCUGUUCCACCCCCCUUUAUACCUGCUUCUGUGACUCCACUUGCUCAGAUACAGGGACCUCCAAUACAGCAUUUUGAGCAGAUGUUUCCACAUCCUGUUGUCCCACCACCUUUAUCAUCAAUGCCACCUCCACCUCCUCCACCUCUAUCUCCGCCACCAUUGCCACAGUCGCUGCCACCUUUUGUUCCUCCUCCACCUAAUUCACCUCCUCCCCCUCCACCUAUUGCAGAAUCAACUGAUACGGGAAGUUCUGAACUGUGUGUAAAGCAUUGGUGGCAGGGCACAUUAUGUAAGAGUGGGGCUCAUUAUUGCACAAUUUAUGCACAGAGACUAGAGUCAGAUCUUUGCAAAUAUUCAAAUGCCAUUUCUGAACCUGCAGAAUGGCCUGCCAAAUUAGACAUGACCAAACGCACAGACUUUCGGCAUGUAAAGUCAACGUUCACCAAUACCCCACCACAUAAAAGGGAAGUUUGUUGCUUGAUCCCUUCUUCUUCAGGUGACCAUAAAGGCUUUCAGGAUUUUAUCUCAUACUUGAAGCAGAGGGAAUGUGCAGGAGUGAUUAAGAUUCCAGCAAUGAAAUCCAUGUGGUCCAGGCUACUUUUUAUUCUUCCCUACUCACAAGAGGCAUGUUCAAUGCUUUCAGUUGCACCUAAUUCAUCUGAGUGCCUCAUUGCUUUGGUUUUGCCCAAAGAAACAAACUUUGACUGGCUCUGAGCGCAGACUAUCUCCCAAAAAAUGUCUCACAGACAUACUCACAUCAACAGGCAAGAAGGCGACAGGCGAAGUAAUUUCCCCAAAACCCAAAAGAAAUUCAUCCCCAAAAGUCAAAAUAAAAACAAAAACCAAACCCCUAAUCCCACCACCUCCCUCUCGUCUUCCCUCAGGCAAUCUCUUCCCAAGCAACGAGAUGCUCCGCCAUCCGGCAGUCCCGCCGCACCCUCUGGCUCUGCCAGUAGCCGUGUUCGGAUGGGAGAAAACGGAGAUUGGGUGCCUAUCAGAGGAACUCCAUCAACUCCCGAUGGCAAUUUCGUAAAUUAUUUGCCCCAAGAUGAGGCCGUGGCUGCCGGGCUUGGCGCCGAGGAGGGAGGAUUGGAUCCAGUUGAAUCACAGAGAGUAGUUGAUCUCUUAAACAGAGAGUUGUCUCGCUUGCUCAAGCUCAGUCCCAGAGAAUUCUGGAAACAGGUGUCUGGGGACACUUCGUUGCACAAAUUUCUGGACAGCUUCUUGCAAUUUAGGAGCAGGUGGUAUGAUUUUCCUCAUCGUGGUGUGAAAGGGAUCGUUGCUGGGGUUAUUGUAGGAGAGCUUGAAUUAAGCCGCCGUGUCUUCAUGGUGUUGUACAGAAUAUCUUCAAAUAGGGAUCCUGCUGCUCGAGCUGCUGAUAGUCUUAGUGCAAACGACCAUGCAGUCAUCUUGCAGGAGAAGAAGUUGCUCGACUUGCCAAAGUUGUUGGACAUUUGUGCUAUAUAUGGUCAUGAAAAUGAUGAUCUGACCAAAUUGCUGGUUGCAAAUGCUCUGAAAGCUCAGCCUACAAUCUAUGAUAAUCUGACUGGAGUACUGUCUCAUUUUUUGAGUAUUGUUCACACGAUGCAUGAACGGUGCAGCACAUCUUUGGAGGUUCUUUUUUCUUCUGGAAGUCAUGGAGAUUAUGGAUUUGACCGGCUUCAUGCUGAUUUUUUGGAGGUGAUUGACUUCAUUAAUGAUGCCAUUGUAUCUAUGGAUGCUUUUGUUACUGCAUAUAGACCUGCAGCUUUGUUUUUCUCUUGCCCUGUUGAAAUGAGUUACGGAAAUGAAGAAUUGCUCACAACUCUUUCACGGGUGCAUGAUAAUUUGCUUCCAUCUUUACAGCAGGGUUUUCGAAGGAGUAUUGAAUCUGAAGAAUAUGGAAUGUUAACAGAUAUUGCUAUAAGUUUGAAGAUGUUAUCUAUGAGAAUAGUCAAAUUUGGUUGGAAACUAUUAGAUAUUUGCUAUCUUAGUGAUGAAGUGUUUUUGGAUGGACAUCCCAUCCCAACUGUAACAAAGAUGUUUCCAGCCACAGUUGAAGAUCCAUUCAUAAGAGCAGAUAUUUUGGUUCAAACUUUUAGGGAGAUAAAUGGAGUUUCACUACAAAGUCAGGAGAAUGAGAAACGGGAUACUUUCCUUCAGAAUGUUGAAAAGAAUUGCAAUAUAAUGAGCAAACUUGAGAAUUUGCAGAAUAAUGGGUGGAUAUUCACGGAUGAUGAACAAUUUCAGUAUUUAUCUGGGAUUAUGAUGUAUACAAAACAAGGCAUUGCUAAAGUGCAACCCCCUAAAACUCCCAUCCCAGCCUCUGUGACAGGCAAUAAGGUACAGAUGGAUGAAGAUGCAGCAAUUAUGGAAUCCAAAAUCAGCCAAAUAAAAGAUCUCUUUCCUGAUCAUGGCAAAGGGUUCUUAGCUGCAUGCCUUGAAGUUUAUAACCAAAAUCCAGAAGAGGUUAUUCAGAGGAUUCUUGAGGGAACUCUUCAUGAAGAUCUGCAGGCUUUGGACACUUCCCUGGAGACAAUGCCAAUGCCCAAGUCUGCUUCAAAUCUGAGCAGGACUGAUAAAGGGAAAGGAAAACUGGUUGAUACUGAUAAGGGGAAAGGGAAACUCGUUGACACUGUAGCAGUAUCCUCAACUACAGCAGUACCAGUAGUUAGUGGACAACUGGUUGAGGGCCCAUCAGUUUCAUCAUCAUCAUCAUCAGUUGGGAGGUUUGUUAGGAAGUCUGAAGAUGACUCACCUUAUUAUGCUACUCUUGACACCAGAGAGGAGAAGGAUUCAUCAAGAAAAGCUGCUCUGAUUUCUCAGUAUGAGUAUGAAGACGAGUAUGAUGACUCUUUUGAUGACCUAGGUCUAAGUGUUGCAGAGUCAGGAUUGGAGGAAAAUGAGAUGUUAAGUGAUAAAAUUAGCUCAGAUUUGGGGAAGUCCUGGGGUACAGAAUCAGGAAGUUAUGGUCAAUCUACGCCUAGUUCAAAGUGGGGCUCCAGAAAGAAUCCUCAGUACUAUGUCAAGGAUGGUAAGAAUUAUAGUUAUAAGGUUGCAGGUUCAGUUGCAGUUGCAAAUGCCAAUGAAGCUUUUUUAGUUACCCAAGCUCAAGUAGAAUUAAUACAUGGCCUUGGACGCGGUGGCAACCUUCCUCUUGGUGCAGUUAAGAAGUUGAUGGAGCAUGGGGAGCAAACUAACCAGCCUGAUGUUUUUGAAAUGGGAGGGAGAGAUCAUGCAAGGAACCCUAGGGGUAGGGGAAAAGGGGGUGGAGCAAGACCAAGAGAGUCCCGUGAGGAGCAAGAUAACCAGUCUGACAACUCUGAAGUGGAAGGGAGAGGAAAUGCGGGAAAUCAGAGGGGCAGGGGAAGGAGUGGCGGAAGACAUCAUUACAGGAAGGAUCGGGCCAUGAAUAAGCACUUCUCUGGAUUGACUGGUUUUUAGGCACGCAUGAUAAAGAAGCUUUCCUUUGCAUACGGACGAUCCUAUUCCAUUUUAAAAGUUUUCUUAAAUCUUAUUUUACAGGAAGCUGCAAAUAAUUGUAAUGUAUAUUUCUUUUGUGUUCCAUUAUAUGCAAUUAAGAGGGUCAUAUCUUUUCUUUUUUUUUUUUUUGGGGUUAGAUACAAGAGGGCCAUUAUAGUUGAGAACAGAAAUCAUACAUUAUUUAUAAGUUUUUAGUUAGGCUUACUCAGAUACUCGACCGUUAGAUGUCUUUAAUCUCUUUUUAUAGCUAGUUGGCAACAAGCAACCAAUCAUAUAUCAUGGCUUGAUCA